AUGGACGUUCAGCAGGUCAACUCGCGCGUCAUCCACGAGCAGCCCGACACCGUCUACCGCGUCGUCGAGCCCCCCAUCAGCGCCUCGCACAGCAACCUCGCCGCCGACGCUGCCCAACCAGCCAGCGGCGGCGGCAACAGCAGCGGCAGCGACGACGUCGAGCGGCAGACCACCUCGUCGGCCUCGUUUGAGGAACCCUACCCCGAAGGCGGAUGGGCUGCCUGGUCCGUCGUCCUCGGCGCCUUCUUCGCCCUCUUCUCCGCCAUGGGCCUCAUGAACAGCAUCGCCGUCUUCCAGGCCUACACCCUCGACCACCAGCUCCGCGGCUACAGCGAGGGCACCGUCGGCUGGAUCUUUUCCAUCUACACCUUUCUCGCCUUUUUCGGCGGUGUCUACUUUGGUCCUAUUUUUGACAAGUAUGGGCCGCGAUGGCUGACUAUUUGCGGCGCCGUUUGCGUGACGUGCUCGAUGCUGGCGAUGAGUUUCUGCACGGAGCUCUGGCACUUCAUCCUCGCCUUUGGCGUCCUCGGCGGCCUCGGCACCUCCCUCGUCUUCACGCCGUGCAUCGCCGCCGUCGGGCACUGGUUCAAGGCGCGCCGCGGGUUCGCCACAGGCCUCGCGACAUGCGCCGGCGGCCUCGGCGGCAUCAUCUUCCCGCUCAUGCUCACGGACCUGUUUACGCGCGUCGGGUACGGGUGGGCGACGCGCGCGCUCGCGCUCGUGUGUCUGGUGUGCGGCGCCGUCGGCGUGCUGCUCGUGCGCGCGCGGCUGCCGCCCGCGCAGAACGCGACCGCGCACCCGGACCCGCGCAUCUUCCGGCAGCGGCCGUUUGCGCUCGCCACCGUGGCCAUCUUCCUGCUCGAGUUUGCGCUCUUCAUCCCGCUCGCGUACCUGUCCACGUACGCGCUGCACCACGGCUUCGGCGCCGCGUACGCGUACCACCUCGUGCCCAUCAUGAACGCCGGCUCCGUCGUCGGCCGCAGCCUGCCCGGGUACUACGCCGACGCCAUCGGCGCCUUCAACACCUGUCUGCUGAGCGUCGUGCUCUCCGUCGUCGCGUGUCUCUGCGUGUGGCUGCCGCUCGGCCACACGAGCGCCGGGCUCAUCGUCUUUGCCGUGCUGUUUGGCUUCGCGAGCGGCACCGGCAUCGCCAUCUCGCCCGUGUGCAUCGGCCGCAUGUGCAAGACGCAGGAGUACGGCCGCUACUACGCCACCACGUACACCGUCGUCUCCUUUGCCUGCCUCAUCGGCAUCCCCAUUGCCGGCAGCAUCGUUCAGGCCAACCACGGCGACUACCAGCAGCUCAUCGUCUUCACCGGCUGCGUCUACGUCGCCUCUGCCGUGUUCCUCGUCUGGGCAAAGGCCGCCCAGCUCGGCUGGGGCAACUGGCUCGCCGCGUACUGA